CAUACAAGCAAAGUCCAGGAACAACACCGCCAACAUGCCUCAGAACGAGUAUAUGGAACGGUGGCGCAAGCUGCACGGCCGCCGUCUCGAUCAUGAAGAACGAACCCGCAAACGCAUUGCCCGUGAAGGCCACAAGGCCUCGCAAGACGCCCAGAACCUGCGCGGCCUGAGAGCCAAGCUGUACCAGAAGAAGCGUCACAAUGAGAAGAUCCAGAUGAAGAAGGCCAUCAAGGCCCACGAGGAGCGCAACGUCAAGACGGCCGACGAGAAGGAGCCCUCGCAGCCUCUGCCCUCGUACCUGCUCGACCGAUCCAACCCCUCCACGGCCAAGGCCCUUAGCAGCGCCAUCAAGAACAAGCGUGCGGAGAAGGCGGCCAAGUUCAGCGUGCCCCUGCCCAAGGUGCGAGGCAUCAGCGAGGAGGAGAUGUUCAAGGUGGUCAAGACGGGCAAGAAGACGCACAAGCGGGCGUGGAAGCGUGUCAUUACGAAGCCGACGUUUGUGGGACCCGACUUUACGCGACGAAACCCCAAGUACGAGCGUUUCAUCCGCCCCAUGGGUCUGCGUUACAAGAAGGCCAACGUGACGCACCCCGAACUGGGCGUUACCGUGCAGCUUCCCAUCAUCAGCGUCAAGAAGAACCCCCAGAACCCGCUGUACACGCAGCUGGGUGUUUUGACCAAGGGUACGAUUCUCGAGGUCAACGUCAGCGAACUGGGUCUGGUCACGGCCGGAGGAAAGGUUGUUUGGGGCCGAUAUGCGCAGGUCACCAACGAGCCGGAGAACGAGGGAUGUGUGAACAGUGUGCUGCUGGUCUAAGGGUCGGAGACGAACAAGAGAGGUUUUUGGAAUGGGGGAUUAUUUUUUUGACAAUGGACCGUGGCUGUCAAGGUGCAUGUAUUGGCGUUUUGGGCGUUUGGUACAUACGAGUGCUUGAUGCGAGAAAAGGAGACACCAGUUAGAAGGGCAGAUUAGGAAGCGUAUAGAGUCUUCCGAGGAUAUCAGUGUACUCGUCCUCUGCGAGAAAAAGGUUAAAAACUUUGAGAGGAUCCGCACAUAGAAGCAAGCCAAUAAUACGAAGACGAUUCUCAAUGUU